UUUUUUGGAGGGUCAAUCUUCGAGAAGGUGAAUCAGUACGAGCAGUGGAGAAGGAAGAAUACGGAAUUGACUGCAGAUAUUUCUGACCGUGUAUAAAGGUAAAGAGUUUCGAUCGCAUUGUCACGAUGACAAUGGAAGAUCGUUCGGGAGGCAUUGAACGUGCCGCCCCUGCUAGUUCAACUGUCCCAACAACAACGUCUCUAGUGGCAUCGAUGCGAACUGAUCUACCUGUCGAUGCUUCCUAUCCGCUGCAACGUGCCAGUAAGCGUUCUUUUGACGUAGCGUUUUUAGUUGCACCGGACGAGAAACUUGCGCGUCGCCAGCACGAAAAAUUGCGACUCGUGUCGACCGAUCGUUUGACCGACGGCGUCCAUCCUGAUCGAGGACAAGAUGAGCCGACGGAUCUCCAAGUUCAGGAUCGCGACUUUUUCGACAGGCAAAUGCCACAGAACUUGACCACCAAACACUUCGAUAAUGAAAGACGAAAGCUCAUGCAAUGCACCGACAAUUCUAUGAGUCCACCAUAUUCAUCACUGCGUACGUUGACGCCAACGUUACCAGGAUUGUCACCGGACGCUGAAGUCAGAAGGUACACUAGUCAAUUGCGCGCUGGGAAAACGCCGAGUCCUCCGACAUUACAACAUCACGCCGGUUCACAUUCCAACGCUAUCGGCAGACUCGCAGAUUCUGUGGACGGACCCUCCCUUCCCUGUGGCAAAAUGUACGACGCGAUGAUGUGCUCCAGGAGACAGACCGAGUCGCGGAGCGCCUUCACCAAAGUCACCAUAUCCGGAUCCACGAGAAACGGUACUUUCGACGACGGGCAAUCAUCACCACGUUCCUCGAUUUCACCCGAUCGAGUAAGUUACCAGAGCAGUGUAAGUCCACCGGCAACUGGUCCGCUUCCACCAGCUACCGGUUACAAGUACGCGGCUUUUCCAACUGCCAAAAUGCCAUAUCCAUUCCUCGUCAGUCCCGAAGCGCAGCAAACGAAUCUCUUGGAAAAUCUGAAAAUUCCUCAGAUCGUUCAACCUCCCAAAAUCCCAAGCCCGAACAAGGUAACAGGUUUCCGCCCAGAAGUUCCGUCGGUCUAUCCGAAUUUUCCCUACAACCCCAUGGCCGUGUUCCCGCCUAUGGCCGAGGCCCUCACUCGUCCUCGAUUCCUUGCUACAGCUGCCAGUGUCGCGGGUCUUCUUCCUCCAUCGUUCGCCCUCAAUUUACCAGCCCAGAAUGUUUGCGCAAAGUGUAAUCUCUCCUUCCGGAUGACAUCCGAUCUCGUUUACCAUAUGAGGUCGCAUCAUAAAAAUGAAAACAAUGGGGAAGCUGCCAGGCGACGGAGAGAAGAAAAAUUGCGAUGCCCUGUUUGUGACGAGAGCUUCCGAGAGAGACACCAUCUCACGAGACACAUGACAGCCCAUCAAGACAAAGAGAGUGACGCUAUCGUCGAUCAGGUUGAAAUUAAGAGGCGGGCAGCAACUGUCCAUGGCAAGUGACGGCGCAAGGUUCAUCGGAAUGAUCAUCAAGUUUCCUCAGGAUUCUCGCUCGAGAAUUAAAUGAGGAUGAAAAUAAAAAUAAACGUUCCAAAGCACAAUUAAAAGGAUGCGAUACCAGGUGUAUUUUAGUUCGAAGCAAUAGAAUUAUCAUGCGUUUAUGAUGAAAUUGAAUCCCAGAAUGAUUACAUACAUUUUUGGAAGAGAUGUACAAAGGUAUCAUAUUUAAAAGGUAAAAUUAACAAUCAUCUACAAUGUUAUUGUAACGGAUCUAAAUCAUAGAAACACCCGUACUAAUAAAUUAACGUUAGAACCUGUUAAGGCAGAUUCCCUGUCUAGUCAAUAUUAGAUAGGCAAAAAAAAUCGUGAGUAAUUUUUCUUCGUAAAUUGGAAAAUGCAUUGUAAUGAUUCCGACCGAAUUUGCGAAUGUAUACCAUGCCUGAUUACGUAUGGUGAAGGUAUGAUUGCGAGAAUGAUUUUCGACACUGAAAUCAUCAGUUUCGAGGCAUGAUUGAAUGAGGAUGCACAGCCAGCCGGAGUUGCGACGGAGCACGCGUUGUGUGUGCAAGGGCGGGGGUGCCAGUGUAAAUUUGGGCCCAGGCAAUAAAUAGAUCGUAAACUAUAUACCGCGGCACGUCACACAUAAACCGUCGGAGCGCGCAUAAUGGUAGGAAACAAUGAAUGUCGUAAUCGGAAACAGUGCCGGUUUGUUAUCUGCCAUUCACACUCCAUUUAACUUCAAACGACGAAUCGGUGCUCGCUCGACGACGCCCGCACGUUCACCCGCCGUUUUAAAUACAUGGCGACCUGAGCCACCCACCCUUUUCGUUCCUCGGACAUAGGGUUAAUCGACACCUCCACGAGUUGUUCAAAGUCCGCCAUAAUUUAUCGAAUUUUCGUUGUCCCGUCCAACUUCCAGCUUCAAAAUAUUCAUCUUCGAUUGUAUGGAACAAGUUUAAUCUCCGAAUUCGAGGGUAUAUGAAAUAUGAAGAUUUUAUUUAUCCUCACACUGUCAAAUAUCGUGUUAAAAUUAAUAUAAUACCGCGUGAUAUUAUUGCUUGUUCAUCGCAAGUAUGUACAGUUACGAAUAAUGUCUCUAAUUUACAGAUGUAAAUAAUAUUGAUUGAUAAAAAAGAGAGAAAAAAACGAGGGAGUCGUUGAAUCUGUUUUACGAGUUAAGUAGCUGUGACUACGUUAGAAAAUGAAAUUUUUAAAUCACAAGAGUUGCCAUUCCGAAGUUGGCGAGGAGAGGUUGCACGAAGUACGCCAACCAAAUGUCAGUAUUAUGAUUUUAGGUACUCAUGGGAUAACAGUAUUAAAGAUUAUUAACAAUAUGAUAGUUUUGUUUCAAUUUUUAAAUAACUAUUUUAUUUGCCACACGAGGCAUAUUAUUGAUGGUACUAAAAUAGUAUCACUUGGAUGUAAAUAUCACUGUGUAUAUAGGCACCUGUAUGUAUCGAAACCAUUGUUGUUAACGAAUAAAAGAAUAUCCAUAAAACUAAGAAAAAUACAACAUUAAUUUCGACUACCCUACCAUAUUUUUU